CGCAGCCAGUGCCCCCCGGUGCCGGUGCCCCCCCCCCCGCAGCCCGGCGCUGCGGCGGGCACUACCGGCGGGCGCUCCCGGGCUGCGUUGGCGCACGGCGGCGGCGGCGGCAGCUCGUCCCCGGGCAGCGCAGAGGGACCCCCCCGAGCCGGGCCAGGCGCCUCUCUCACUGCAGCACUCGUCCCCCGGGACGGCCGGCGUGUCCCAGCGGCAUGGGGAAGCAGAACAGCAAACUGCGCCCUGAGAUGCUCCAGGACCUGCGGGAAAACACCGAGUUCUCCGACCUGGAGCUGCAGGGCUGGUACAAGGGCUUCUUGAAGGACUGUCCCUCGGGCAUCCUCAACGUGGAGGAGUUCAAGAAGAUCUACGCCAACUUCUUCCCCUACGGUGACGCCUCCAAGUUCGCCGAGCACGUCUUCCGCACCUUUGACACCAACGGCGACGGCACCAUCGACUUCCGAGAGUUCAUCAUCGCGCUGAGCGUCACCUCCCGCGGGAAGCUGGAGCAGAAGCUCAUGUGGGCCUUCAGCAUGUACGACCUGGAUGGCAACGGCUACAUCAGUCGGGAGGAGAUGCUGGAGAUCGUGCAGGCCAUCUACAAAAUGGUCUCCUCCGUGAUGAACAUGCCCGAAGAUGAAUCGACUCCGGAGAAAAGAACGGAAAAAAUCUUCCGACAGAUGGAUACUAAUAAUGAUGGCAAGCUCUCGCUGGAGGAGUUCAUCAAAGGUGCCAAGAGCGACCCGUCCAUCGUGCGCCUGCUGCAGUGCGACCCCAGCGGCGCCGCGCAGCUCUGAGCCCCGUGAACCCCCGCAGACCCCCACAGUCCCCAUGGCUCCCACGGCUCCCCACGGCUCCACACCACCCCCCGACCCUGCAGCCGGCCACUGCCACUGUCCCCUGCCCAGGCUCUGCGGUCCCCGCUGCCGGCCCCCCACGGCCCCUUGCGGGGAGAGAGCUGGAGCCCGGCUGGGGCAAGGGGGAGCCCAGGGGGGAUGGUCCCCAUCACCGGGGGGGGCUCCUGCCCUGGCUCAGCUGGGGGAAGGAGGACGGAGGCAGGGUCUGCCCCGAGUGAGGACAGUCCCCCCCCAGCACCGGGGGCUGGGAGCAGGAGGACAACCCAGCCCGGCAGGAAAGGCUGGCAGCGAAGCCACCGCUGCAUCUCCGGCAGGCACGGACACACGGUCCAGGGGACGAAGACGCGGUGGCUUGGGGGCCCCCCAGCACCCCCACGCAUGUACACACGGCCAUGGGGCCAGGCCAGCCCCUUCCCCACAGCCCCACGGCCAGUGCACGGGUGGGGGUCACGGGGAGGGGCCGUGCUUCUGGUCUUUUAAAACCUGCAGAAUAAAGUUUGUGUCAGUGCAGUCAGUGGUGGGAAAGGGACCAUCGAUGCCGAGGGGAAAGUUCCUCCCUGCAGGGUCCGGAUCCAGCCUGGUCACUUCCCUCACUGCAACCCCAGGUGACCCGAGGCCAUGGGGAUGGGCUCAUGUGUCUUGGCUGGUGGCGUCCAGGGGCCGUGUCCACCCGAUAGCUGGGCGGGGGGGCAGCCGGGUCCUGUCACGGGGCUAUGCAGGUGCUGGGACAGGGCAGG